GUGCGAGCUAGAAGUGACAGCAAAAGAAGUAUUUAAAAAAAUAUUUUUGUGGUACUCAUCCGUUUUAUAAUAAACAGCGAGUUAGUGCUAGAAACUCCGAUCAAUUAUAUAUUUUAUUGUUGACUAGGACUGAGGGCUUAAGCAAGAUGGGAAUCCCGAAAUUUUUCCGCUACAUGAGCGAGCGGUAUCCUUGUUUGAACGAGCUAGUCCGAGAAAACCAGAUUCCGGAGUUCGAUAAUCUUUAUCUAGACAUGAAUGGAAUCAUUCACAACUGCUCUCAUCCGGAUGAUUCAGAUAUGUACUUCCGCAUAUCGGAAGAACAAAUAUUUACGGAUAUUUUCCAUUAUUUGGAGUAUUUAUUUAAGAUGAUAAGACCACAGAAACUGUUUUUUAUUGCUAUUGACGGGGUGGCCCCACGAGCUAAAAUGAACCAGCAGCGAGGUCGACGUUUCUGUUCCGCGCGUGAUGCACAGCAGCAAAUUAAGGAUGCCGAAAAAAAAGGACAAACUUUGCCCGAGGAAAGCCGGUUUGACAGCAAUUGUAUCACUCCCGGAACAAGUUUCAUGGUCCGCCUACAAAAAGCUUUGGAACAUUUUAUCCAAGUGAUGGUUUCCACAAAUCCCAUGUGGAUGCACUGCAAGGUGAUUCUUAGCAGUCAUGCGACCCCAGGAGAAGGAGAGCAUAAAAUUAUGGAAUACAUACGUUACAUGAAGUCCAAGCCGGAUUUCAAUCCCAAUACACGUCACUGCCUGUACGGGUUAGAUGCAGAUUUAAUCAUGUUAGGUCUUUGUACACAUGAAAAAUACUUUUCACUUCUCCGAGAGGAAGUUAAAUUUGGCAAAAACGAAAAGAAAUCUACAGUUCCAGCUGAAAUUCGUUUUUACUUACUACAUUUGACUCUUUUCCGGGAAUACUUGGAGCUAGAAUUUGAACCUAUAAGAAAUAAACUUAGUUUCAAAUUUGAUAUUUAUAAACUGAUCGAUGAUUGGGUGCUAAUGGGAUUCAUGGUGGGAAACGACUUCAUCCCGCAUUUACCUCACCUUCACAUCAAUGAAAAUGCGAUACCCACUUUGAUUCAAGUAUAUAUGGAAAUUCUCCCUACAUUAGAUGGCUACAUCAACGAAGGCGGCAUACUUAAUCUAGCCCGGCUACAGGUCUUCAUGGGUUCAUUGGCACGUUUCGAUCGAAACAUUUUUAUGGAACAUUAUUCGGAUUUAAAGUUUUUUAACGCAAAGUGCGGAACAAAAAACGUAAGCUCUGGUUCAUAUGUUGGCAUAUUGAAAGAAAUAAUUAAUUAUCUCCCUUCUCAGGCUGAAACAUUUGACGUUACAAUUGAUGACAUUAAGACUGAGGCGGAAAUGAAUUAUGAUUUGUCCGCUUUGAUUCGUUCUACUGAGGAAAUGUACGGUUCCAGUGAUGAGGGCGAAGAAGACAGCGAUGCACAGGGGGACAUCGAGAAUGAUCCUGAAUUUUUUGAAAAAGAAUUUAACGCAUAUAAACGAAACUAUUACAUUACCAAAAUGGGCUAUGCAGAAUUUGAUGAGGAAGUGCGCGCUGAGCAAACAGAAUGCUACAUCAAAGCAAUACAGUGGAUUCUAUAUUAUUAUUAUCAAGGAGUCCCUUCGUGGUCUUGGUUCUACCCACAUCACUAUGCACCUUUUAUAAGUGAUAUCUACAACUUCAAGCACCUGGUGCCGAAAUACAAUAUUGCUAAGCCAUUUCUUCCCUUCCAACAACUGCUUAGUGUUUUACCAGCAGCUAGUAAGGACCAUUUACCAAGCGCGUAUCACAGGUUAAUGACAGAACCCGACAGUCCGAUAAUCGAUUACUAUCCGGUUGAUUUUGAAACUGAUCUCAAUGGGAAAAAGCAAACAUGGGAAGCCGUCGUGCUUAUUCCAUUUAUCGAAGAAAAUCGAUUACUCGCGGCCAUGGAACUGUGCGAUGCUUUCCUGACAGACGAAGAAAAGCAAAGGAAUGUUCAUGGCCCUAUGAUUGUGUAUGAAUACGACAAAGCCAGUACUGACCAGCUUCCGGCUUGCUAUGGAUUCGAGAGCAUUGAUCGACUCAAAGUUCGAAAACAGCUUAUUAAUCGAGACACUUUGCACGUGCAAGAUGACAAAAUUGUACGCGGACCAACGAAAGGAGCACUGUUGGAUGGUUACAUACAAGGUUUUCCAACGUUCAAGCAUUUGGCAUACCACGGUACUCUGAAAGAAGUUCGAGUUAAAGUGUUCAACUUUCCAAGUCGUAAUAAAAGCAUGGUAGUGCACAUAGAUCGGCCUCUUGAUGAAAUGGCAAAAACUACACAAGUUUUGGCUCAAGAAAUGCUCGAUCGUGUAGUUUACGUCAGUUGGCCACAUUUAGUCGAAGCAAAAGUAGUCAAGGUGCAAGAUGCACAAAUGAUCUACACUGCAAAGGCAUCUACAGCAAACAAUGGACAAUUUUUCAACACUUGCAUGAGAAGCAUCGUCGACCAUCAUUUCAAUCGGUUAGCGAUUGACUUGGGUGAAAUUACACAACUUGUUUCCGUAAAAACAUGCAUAGGAAGUGAGUACGUUUUAAAGAAUAAUUGCUUUGUGUUGAGGAAGCUUUGGAAUUCGUUUGAAAGUAUGUACCCUAUUCAGUCAAUUGUUACUGAAGUGAACGAGGUACUAAAAACUUUGAAACCCUAUAUCGAAAUUCACCAGAUGUACCCAGAAAAUAGUGUAGUUUUUCUCAGAGCAACUCAGUGGUAUGGGAGCCUUGGUCAUGUAAUCGAAGUGACUCCAAAUCCCAAACGUAUCAAAACGAGAUUUGAAAUCUACAGUGAGCCUGAUUUGGAAAAGAUAGUGGUUUUGAAUGAAGUUUCUAAACAGCAGUACAAAACGAUGAUGGAUGCAGCUGCCUGUAUAGGGAUUUCAAUCAAUCUUCUAAGUAGGAUUUCGAGUUCUAUCUUUAUCGUGCACGGUGCGAGACGUUCACUGAAUAUGGACGAGCAAGGUAAAGUUAACAUCGGUUUACAAAUACGUAAUGUAACGAGGAACGAGCAUGUUGUUGGAUACACGCAAAAGCUCAAUGACAAAUGGAUGUUUUCUGAAAAGGCCAUUGAACUUUUAAAAAGCUUCUACGGAAAAGCGCCUGUGUUGUUUGAGCGCUUGGAAGUUUUUGGGAGAACCGAUGUUCUUUUCGAAAGUGAAAUGUUUGCAGAAAAUAGCGAAAACGGGUCUCAAUUGAAGGAACUCGUAGCAUGGUUAAAGACUCAACCGCACACCAAAGCAGAGAGACGUUCCUGUGGUUCCAAAAUGUUAGAACCAACAGCGUUUGAAGCACUGAUAAAGCUAAUAAAUGACCACAGAGAAAAAACACCCAUUAUACAAACCAUGUUUGUACAUCCAUCAGAUUUAUUCAAGCCUGAAAUGAAAAAAGCCAAGACUAUCGAUCCUAAAGCUGAUCAUGAGCUACUUGAUCGUGUUAUCGUUGCGCAAGACACAGAGAUUGUUCCACUAGGAACUAGAGGAACCAUUAUUGGAAUUCAUGUAUUUAAAGAUGUCAAUUCAAUUAGGCAGGAAAGAUCAAAAGAAGAGGACAAAUAUUUUGAUGUUUUGCUCGAUAAAGAACAUCAAAACGGCUCGCACAUGUUCGGUAUAGAAGCUAGUGAUAAGCGUGUGAUUCGACUGGCUGAAAAUGCCAUACUAAACAUAUCCUAUGGAACAGCUGACUAUGAGUGCAAACAAAUUGACACCACUCCGAUGUUGAAAUCUGCCGAAGAAUUAGUCAUGAAACCAAGCACUUCGAUGCACCCUCCAGCCCAGGCAAUUGCCUAUCCUGCAAAACCGCCACCCACGGCUGAGUCAAUUAAAAAGCGACUCAACGAACGCAUUGAAAAAAAAGAUCCAACCAAAGCUUUUGUGUUCGCAUCACAAAACCAAAAUAACCCCUCAAUGGUUGGACAAAACGGCCCUCCCAACUGUAAUUUCGAGUUGUUAUGGAAAAAACUAAGGGACAAUGCUCAAGCACCUUCUUAUUUCGAUGAACGAGAUAUAAAAAGUUUUCUAGCGAAAGAAAGUAUACCUGCCACUGCAUCGAUGAAAAAUAUUCCCUUGGCGGCUCAUGCUAGUGCGGUACCUAUCAAUAAUGAUCCGACGGAUAUGUUAAAGAAAAUGCUUAAAAUUUCUGGAGACCAUCAUAGCCUGUCUGGUGGAACUGGAUCUAUAAACAACGCCAAGGUAGAUUCAUUUGUACCGGGCGAUGUUUUGAUGAAUGUUCCCGUACCAGAAAAUUUGCCGAAACCACCGUUAUCAUGGAAAAUUGCCAACGCUGCUGCAGGAAUCGAAGCACCGGGGAACAAUCUAUCACAAUCAGCAGUCAUCUCAGCUCACAUGGCGAACAAUGUACCUAUCAAACCCAACCCAUUCUUGGCAGCUUUGAACAAUUCCUCCAUGCCAAAUCUCAACAGCAUGGCUUGCCAAACAGGACACCGUUUGAACACAAUGAUACUGACAUCUGUACCGGCGCAAAUCCCCAAUAUCGACCAGCGAGGACCGAUAGGUCCACAAAAUUUAAGUUUUAAUCGAAAUGUUCCGGCAGGAACUGGCGCAUUCGUACCGUUGCAGGCCUUGAAAAAACAACGCCCUUUGAGGUCAGGAGGCGGAGGUGGUGGAAACGCUAAACAGAACGAGAUUAAACAAAAACAAUCCAAAACUAGAAAAACGAAUAAUUCAAAUGAAGAACGAAGCAAACAGGACGAGGCCAACCCGAAUCGGGAUGUCAAACCUGCUACAAAACCUAAAACUAAGAAACCACCAUCUUCGACGACUAAUUCAACCGCAAAUGACGCAGCAGAGUCAUCAAAAACGAAUAAACCGGUUACACAAAAACAACCGAAGGAGCGCAAAAUGAAAAUUGCUGCAAAUUUCGCUCAACCACUACCUGAAGUUUAGAGAAUGUUUAAUUUUCUUGACAUCAGCCAUCUAUUAUUUAAGCACAUAAAGUUUCUUAAAACAAU